AUGCGUCAUAACCAGACACCUGCGCUGUCAGUGAGUCUAAUGCGUCAUAACCAGACACCUGUGCUGUCAGUGAGUCUAAUGCAUCACCACCAGACACCUGUGCUGUCAACACCUCUGCUGUCAGUGAGUCUAAUGCAUCAUCACCAGACACCUCUGCUGUCAGUGAGUCUAAUGCAUCACCACCAGACACCUGCGCUGUCAGUGAGUCUAAUGUGUCAUAACCAGACACCUGCGCUGUCAGUGAGUCUAAUGCGUCACCACCAGACACCUGUACUGUCAACACCUGCGCUGUCAGUGAGUCUAAUGCGUCACCACCAGACACCUGUGCUGUCAGUGAGUCUAAUGCGUCAUAACCAGACACCUGUGCUGUCAAAUCACAGAUACAGGCAGCCACAUGGGGGAUACCAGUGUGUGUUGAGAAUGGGGGUCUCCACUGAUGCCUACCCUAAAGGCUUGUGGUUCCAAGCGCUAUUAGAGGCCUAUGACUCUCAUGAGACAUCACGUCUGUGGCUACAGAGCUGGCUAAAGCCCAAGCAAAGGAUGCUGGGAUGGGGCAGAAGCGAGAGUAAGAAUGAAGAGCUCAGCCUGUAUCACCAUCUCUUCGACAACUAUGACCCAGAAUGCCGGCCAGUUAGGAGACCGGAAGACACUGUGACCAUCACCCUCAAGGUCACCCUAACCAACCUCAUCUCACUGAACGAGAAGGAGGAGACCCUGACCACCAACGUCUGGAUCGGAAUUGACUGGCAGGACUACAGGCUCAACUUCAGCAAGGACGAUUUUGCAGGCAUAGAGACCCUGCGGGUCCCUUCAGAAUCUGUAUGGCUGCCAGAGAUCGUUCUGGAAAAUAACAUCGAUGGGCAGUUUGGAGUGGCCUAUGACUGCAAUGUUCUGGUUAGCGAGGGAGGCUACGUGACCUGGUUGCCCCCUGCCAUCUACCACAGCACCUGCGCAGUGGAGGUCACCUACUUCCCUUUCGACUGGCAGAACUGCUCUCUGGUUUUCCGCUCGCAGACCUACAAUGCUGAAGAAGUGGAGUUCAUCUUUGCGGUGGAUGACAACGGCCAGACCAUCAACAAGAUUGAAAUUGACACCGAAGCUUUUACUGAGAAUGGAGAAUGGGCCAUUGACUACUGUCCAGGCAUGAUUCGCCAUUAUAAGGGAGGCUCUGAAGAAGUCCCUGGAGAAACUGACAUCAUCUACACGCUUAUCAUCCGCCGGAAGCCGCUCUUUUACGUCAUUAACAUCAUUGUACCUUGUGUACUCAUUUCCGGCUUGGUGCUGCUUGCUUACUUCCUGCCUGCGCAGGCUGGUGGCCAGAAAUGCACCGUCUCAAUCAACGUCCUGCUAGCCCAGACUGUCUUCUUGUUCCUAAUUGCCCAGAAAAUUCCAGAGACAUCUCUGAGCGUGCCACUGCUGGGCAGGUAUCUUAUUUUCGUCAUGGUGGUUGCCACGCUUAUUGUUAUGAAUUGCGUCAUCGUGCUCAACGUGUCUUUGCGGACGCCGACGACUCAUACCACAUCCCCUCGGCUGCGCCAAAUUUUAUUGGAGCUACUGCCACGCCUCCUGGGCUCGAGCCCACCCUCCGAGGCUCCCCGAGCUGCCUCACCUGCGAGGCGCGCCUCCUCUGUAGGCAUUCUGCUCCGAGCAGAGGAGCUCAUCCUGAAAAAGCCGCGGAGUGAGCUCGUGUUUGAGGGGCAGAGGCAUCGGCAUGGGGCUUGGACUGCUGCCCUCUGCCAGAACCUGGGCGCUGCAGCCCCUGAAAUCCGCUGUUGUGUGGAUGCUGUGAACUUUGUGGCUGAGAGCACACGAGACCAGGAAGCCAACGAAGAGGAAGUGUCCGACUGGGUGCGCAUGGGGAAAGCCCUCGACAACGUCUGCUUUUGGGCAGCUCUGGUGCUCUUCAGCGUCGGUUCCUGCCUCAUCUUCCUUGGGGGUUACUUUAACCAAGUUCCUGAUCUCCCCUACCCACCGUGUAUCCAACCCUGAGCCUGCACUAGCACCCACUUCACCCCUCCCCCUGCAAGAAGUCGACUUUGCCAACAGGCUGACAAUAAAUCCAUUUUGUGAA